AUGAUGUUCGCCUCUUGCCAGCUUUGGCGCUUCCGGCGCUCUGUGGUGCUGCCGUUGAUGCGGGCGAACCGUGGUGUGUUGGCCGCGGCGGCCAUUAAGGACAGUAACCAACAGCCCACCAAUGCUGCGGGAGACGGUGGUAAGGACGAGGAUGGGACACUGCUGCGCCCUAGCGCCGGAGAGGCGUCUCGAAGGGUCCGAUCGAGACGGCGGGAUGCACGCAGCAGAAAGGGAGGGGAGCCCAAAAAUUCGGUACCCUGCCCCUUACACGACGGUGGUAAGGAGAGCCCGGCGGCUAUGCGUUUGUCUCCGACGCUAGCUGCCGGAGCGGUGGACCCGGCGCCAACGCCUGUGGCAUACUCUGAAGAAGCUUCCUCCGUGGCUCUUUCGCUUCAGGCUCAUCGUCGGCUUGCCGCGGAGACGGAGCGCCAUCGUGUGCAAGCCAGCGAGUCGGUUGCUUCAGGUGCCGUCCACGCAGCCCAUGAGAGGAUUGAGCGUCGGCGGAAAAAGUGGUCUCUCACAGAGGUGGAGUUUGAUGUUGGUAUCACAGAGCGUCUGUUUCCCGAAAUACGCCGCUUGCCGGCGCUGCACGAGCUGCAUUACGGCGAUGCCUUGAUGCGGGAGGUGGACGCGGUGUCGUACUUCGCCGCCAAGCAGGGCGCAGACGGCAGCGAGAAGUCGGAGAUGGAUGACAAGGUGGCCGAGGUGCCUCUCACGGACGCAGACUUUUUGGCGUUUGCGGAGCAGGAACUGCAGCAGCAACCAACGCCCGCUGCCGCUUCGGCGUCCUCCGCGUUGUUGCCAGCUUUGGGGGGAAGGACUGGAGACCUUCCUCCCGCGGAGGAAGAGCAACAGGGGCGGCUGUCGCAGGAAUCAUCGUCCGGUGCUCUGGCGAGUGAAGACCGUGUCGUGGUGCACGGGAUUCAAACACCGUGGUUUGUCCCAGACGGUGGAGUGGUGCGGCUUGAACCACUCCCAUCCUCGGAUGCGCUGUGUCUCUUGCGCUUUGUUUUGCAUCUCCGUCAGCAGACGCCCCAGCAUCUCCCACUCGCUGUUCAGAAACGGAUGAAAAAGGCGGAGGCCCUACAAACCGCGCCAGUAAACGAUAAAAAAUAUAUUGAAAAGCCUCUCUCUUUGGAGGAUGUCAUGGUAUACCUCGACACAGCGCCUCCGCCUAUUCUUGGAUUCACAGAAAAUCUUCCACCCACCAAAAGCCCAGCUUUUGUCUUUGUUCUUUAUACAGAGAACGUCUCGCUGCAGAACGCUGUAGGGCACAUGGCAGCACUUUUCAAUAUUCCGCAACGUGCAUUUCAUACAUGUACUGCGGUGUCGAAAAUGUCAUGUGGGGCUGUUCUUUGCGCGGUGAGUCCCAACCAGGUGGAGCGUGAGCAUUUGCUGUUGCUCAACACGAUGCGGCAUCCGGGAUUUGUGUUGCGUCUUGGAUCGAUUCGUGCUGUCGAGGAUGAGACGGCUUCUGCGACUCUCUUCAGCGAGUUGUCGCGCUGGCAACCAUUGAAUGAGGUGGAACUCCUACUGCGUCGGGUGAGCUGUGGUGGCCGUCAGGAGCUUGAGCACCGGCUAAGAGCUGUGCAGGAGGUGGGCGCGGUGUUUUUCUGCGCCAAUCGAGAAGCGUCCUUAGUACGCGCCGCCACGGAUGUGCUCCAUGGAUUUUUCAAGUCGGCGCUUCUAAACGCCCUUCACCGGCGAAAUGCUCCAAUGGCGGUGCGUCAUUUCUUGGCGCGGCCCAACCUCAUCACUGCGGCACGGGCAAGACGAGCCUCCACCGACGCCACGGUGCGUCAAGUACUCAAGAACUACAUACUUGUUGGAGGGGACUGGCAAAAGACGGUUGCACGCACACCGUAUGUCUGGCGGCGGCGCUGGUUGAAUGCACUCCGGUGUUCUGUGUGGAACAUGAUGGCGUCGCGGCGUCUGCGUUGCGGUGGGCGUCGUGUGCUGCCUGGUGAUGUCGUGCUGCGUCCAGACUAUCGCGCCGAUGCCCACCGUCGCAUGCUUACAACAGUAAAGGCAGAGCAUGUCAUGCUGGUGGCUGACGAGGCCGCGGCGGCGCAGUGUAGCGUGGAGGAUGUCUUUAUUCCGUUUCUUCGUGGUGUGUACCCUCCUGAGUUUUUCGCGCCUGAAGCCACGCAGCACCCAAUUAUGACGCAGGCCAGCAUGUUGGCGCUCCUCCGUGAGGCACACGCCCCACAGCUGCUGCUUGGGAUGAGCGACGCCUGCCGUUUAUUGCUUGAUAUUCGCAGUGAGUCCUCUCCGUUGUUGUUCCGCCGCCUUAUUAUUCGCCCCAUUGAGAUGAGCUUCAGUAUUCUUGAGGAUAAGCCUCCAAUGAAAUCCAUUCACUUUGACGCUGCUCGGAUGCUUGAAAGUGACCGGCUGCGCCUGCAGCGUCCGUCGCUGCCUGGGAUAUCGAGAGAAGAAAAAGCCCUGCAGUCCUCAGCUGGCGUCGCCAAUCAACUUACCUUGCGCCCAUCUCUUCUGCCUCAGUCCCUAGUGCUGGAGCGCAGCACCAUUGGGGCACGAUUGGCUUCAGGUUUACUUGCCGAGGAAUUUUUCGCUCCGCCAGCACGUGACGAGUACGUGGUUCUUGGGCACGUGGAGCGGCACUUGAGCGGCAACCUUGUCCUUGCCGCUCCGCGCGCCGACGACGAGGCGCUAAAAACCAUUGACCGUCUUUUCACGAUCCACGUGCAUGCAGUGGUACGAAACGGAUUAGCCGCAGUGGGGCACCUGCUGCGUGAGUACUUCAUUCUUGCCGGGGUGGAGCGUGAGGAGGAUAGUGCCCUGCAGCACAAGAUUCACCGCGUGCGUCGAGAGCUGGACAGCGAGACACCGCGGCUGACUAGUCCCACAUUUUGUCAGGCGUGCUACUGCCGCGAUCACGACGCGUUGGAGUCUUGCGCCGAGUAUCAAAUUAAGCGAAGCAAACAUGAGAGUGUGAAGAGGCGUGCGGAGGUCCUGCAGGAGUUGGCAAAUGCCGACACGUCGGCAUUGAUGCCACCUGCUGCUACGAACGGAAUUGAGCUAACUGAGAAUGCGGUGGCGCCUGUCGAGCAGACGGAGACUGAAGUGGUCCUGGAGCUGGAGCUGCGGCUGCGUCGUCGGUCGGAGGAACAAAAGUGGGGAAUUUACCUCACUGCUGCUCUCCAGCUUUCUGACAUUGAAGACGUGAGUGUGCUGUCGGAGGGACGAAUCCGCUGCGUCGCUGCAGCGGCCCUCCAAACGGCUUCCCAAAAGGACUUUUGGGAGACAUUCUUGCGGCAGCAGCAGGAGAAUGGCGGUGCAACAAGCCAAGGCGAUGAGGCAGGCUCGCAAUGGGUGGCCCUCUCACACUUUAUUCUCAAGGCCACGGGCGCGACGGGGAGUUUGUUGCGCGCCGGCGAUGAUGGCCCUUCCCUGCCGAAUACAAAUGCAAGUGAGGGCUUGCCACUUCCUCAGCUCCGCGACGCCUUCCCACCUCCAAGGCCCCGGCUGCCUGAUGGGGAUGUUGGUACUGGGCCCACCUCGAUGGCUGAAGCUGUGAAGUCCCGCAAGUUACUUCGGCAGUGCAAGUGGGUCUUGACCAGCAUCAACGAUACGACGGUGACCGGGCGUCGUCAGGUGGCUGCCGUGUUUGUGCGACUCGGUAAAGCGCGGGAGGUGACGCUUAGGCUUAGUGCCACUCUUCAAGGGUGUAGUGGACUCUGCCCGCCUUGUCGCAACGCCGCUGAAACGCUUCCACCGACCAUUGAGCUUACGCUCAUGAGGGCGGGUACAGACGAAGGGGGAUGGGGCUUGAAAUUUGAUUGUGAUUCCCUCACGCUGCUGAAUCUCGCGCAGUUGCUUCAUGCGCAUGGGUCGUCUGGGGUUACGGCGCUCGUUGAGCCACCGUUCCUAACGACUCUUGCUGGAGCCGCGACGGUGGAUGGCAAAUACGCGUUAAGCCGUGUCAACGGCGAGGAGGUGGGCACGCAACGCGAUGUAUUGGAACGCCUGCGCAGAAUAAAAGGCCGUGGAAAGGAAAAGAAAUUGUGGCUGCAGCUUGUCUUGCGUUCUCAAGGAAGCAAGGGAGAGGACACGAGACAGCCGGCAAGUGAGGCGGCAGCGGUGAUGAGUUGUCCUCCCGCAGUGGGAAUUGUGGAGGGAGGAAGCGGCGAGCACAGUGGCGUCUCGUCUUUGGAAGGCGGAGCGGACGAGGCUGAUGGAGAAGACAAGGGCGAAGCGGCUGCUGCGGCGGCAGCGGAUUCACCGCCGUGUAGUCCGCAGUGCACGCCGCUGACACCGGAGCAGCGCAAACGUAGCGUUGUCACUAUUGUCGUCAACCGCCGAGCUGAUGCUCCGCCGGGGCGAUGGGGAAUUCGAGUCCGGCGCGGGACGCUGCGACUGCAGCGUCUUCAAAGCAAUCAUGCGUUUUCCUUUCAGGUCUACGCAGCGAAGCGUCAGCAGGCUGUGCGUGUCGCAGACACGCUAAGGUUUAAUAACGCACGACAGCAGGACGGCAAACAAGGUGAUGCGGCAACAGGGGUGGCGCUGGUGACGACUGCAACUGAGGUGGCGUUCUACUCCCACUUUGUGUACCUCAUUGUUGGCGUCAACCACCGCCAGGUUGCAUCUUGUGAGGAGUUGCGUGCGUCACUUGCAGCGGCGGCUUCUUCUGCAGAUGAAUCCGUUGUGCUUCAGGUGCAACAGUACCGCCUGGCUCAAAUAGCUGUUCACAUUCUGCGUGGCGACGGCGACGGAGAAGCGGCCCUUGAAUCGGUUGGGUUUCGAAUUUCACGUGAGAUGGUGAUUGAGUCGGUGGAGGCAGGAGGCCCAAUGGCGCGUGCAAUCCUGGCCGCCACACAUGACGGGUGUUCGCUGCGGCGUCUCAUCAACAGCAGCUGCCCUCCCACCGCCACCGGCGACGGCGCGACGGAGGGGUGUGGCGUGGCAAAACCAUCCGCUCCUCCCUCUUCCGUGUCGACCGGUACACGAUGUAAGUUUGACCUUGACGAGGACGCGCCAGAGCAGGCGGGUGGCCCCUCGACGUCGGUGGCAGUGGCGGCGACGGCGCGGACUACUGGGGCUCCCUGCAGCAGCGCACCGCCUGCGUACUGGAACAUGGUGGACGGCGUCGCCCUGAUGUCGCUCUGCGGGGAGGGCGAUGCGACGCGAUUUGUGUGGCGCGUCUCCUAUGGGGUGCGGGCGGGACCAUUGCGGACGCCGCAGGAUUUGGCGCGGGCCCUCGCAGCGGACGUGAGGGAGGAGACACUCUUUUUGCAGCAGUGUUUGCUUGACGAUUGA